GUUAUUAGUUCCUGACUUUUUAAAUCUGGAUACAACGCAAAAUAAAAACGGCUACAUUUUAAAUGGAACAUCAGUAAAUAUCUACAUUUGACACUCUACACAGUCCUUUUAGGCGGCAUCUUUAUCUAUCGAAAGCUCUGUGAAACCCGGCUGUGAUCGAUUACUGCAGGCAUCUUUCUGCCAUCUCAGCCCUUUUGCAUUAUCGGAGUGCAACAAAAAAAAGGGAUUAGUGUGAUUUACACGUGUUUACCAAGAAAAACAAAGAAAAUUCGAGAAAAUUCCAACUAGCUGUCACAAGUUCAAGCUGCACCCUAACAAUAUGAAUCCGGGAUCGUCCAGGCCAGGAGCCUCCGGCUUUGAUGCUUCGCUGUCGCAGCAGAUGAAGGAAAACAUUCGCAAGAUGAACGACCUGGUCGGGGAGCUGCAGGAGGAGAAGCAGAAGGUUGAAAGUCUGCAGCAGGAGAGUACCGGGCGGAAGCGGCAGUUAGAGGAGAGCAACGCCACUCUGGAGAAGCGAGUGCGCGAGCUGGAGCAUCUUAAUGCGCAGUUGGAGCAGUUCAACAGCGAGCGCGAAGGCAUAUUGCGGCAACUGCAGGAGGAGAUGUCCAACUACGCGACCAUCCAGGAUAAGUUCCACGAGCAGGAGCAGUCCAUGCAGAUGAUUGUGCGCGAGCUGGAAGAUGACCGCCUGGAGCUACUCGAUGAACUGGCCGUUAAGGCCGUCAUGAGCUCGGACAGCAUCAACGAUCUAAGCGAGGAGGUGAACGAACUCAAUGAGCAGCUGAACGGGGUGUCCAGUGACAUCACAUGCUGCAUCUGUCAGAUGCCCUUGGAGUCGGAGGGCGGGCAUCGCGUGGUUUCGUUGCGAUGCGGCCACCUCUUCGGUCAAAAGUGCGUCCGCACCGCUCUCCGCAGCACGCGCCAUUGCCCAAUCUGCAGGAAGCGAGCCCAUCCCGCCGAUGUCCGCAAAAUCUACGGUCACGGCAUUUUGCCAUCUUAACGGCUUCGACAAAAUCUCGUUUUCAAAACCAAUUCGCUUUUUUGAUUAUGCCAAAAAAUGGAUAUUCUAUCUAUAUUCUAUAGAUACAUAUUAGCUUAUACAUAUUAGCGUAUACAUUUGUAUACGAAAAAAUUUGUAUGAAUACAAAUAUGUUUAAAUUUAAGAUUUGAAAGUCCUGACAUUGCCAAACAGUUCCGAAAGUAAGAUUUCUAUGGGUUAUGUUAAAGAAUUACAAACAUGUACUUUGUAAGAAUCAAAUGUUAAUUGAAUCGUUUUUAGAACUCAAUAUUAUCCGGAUAAUAACAGAGCUGCUAUUUAAAAGAAUACAUGUUUAAAAUGUAAACUAAUAAAUACUAUUGAAUCCAAA